AUGAGAGAUGAGAUUAUGAGCUUGGAUGAAAUACAAGUGGCGUCAUACAAGAUGCUUGGGUCUUUAUACACUCUUGGCACUGAUGUCACUCUUACUCACGACAGAAAGUAUUUGAAGACAGAGAUUGAAAGACAUAAACCGGCUUUGGGUUCAUGUCUUGGUGCCUUCAGUUCAACCUUCCCGGUGGCAUUCUUCGAACCCCAUCUCAAUAAGCAUAAUCAAUUUUCACUUUUGAACAGAAUCGCCGACCACUCUUUGGAAGCUCAAGACAUAAUGGCAAAAAUGGAGCAAUCUAUGCCAACUUUAGAAACCAUCUUAAAUGAAGUGGACCAUUUCGUCGAAUCAGAUAAGACGUAUAGCGAAGCGCCUCAUAUAAUAGAUGUAGUAUUACCAUUGCUUUGUUCUUAUUUGCCGUUUUGGUGGGCGCAAGGACCUGAUAAUGUUACUCCGACUGGAGGGAACCACGUAACAAUGGUCACAGCUGAACACAUGAAUCAAUUGCUUAAGAAUGUACUUAAGCUUAUCAAGAAGAACAUCGGUAAUGAAAGUGCUCCUUGGAUGACAAGAAUUGCGACCUACACACAACAAAUUAUAAUAAACAGUUCGGAGGAACUUCUUAGGGAAUCAUUCCUGCCUUUGGCUGAGAGAGUGAGGAAGAGGACGGACAACAUGUUCCAUAAAGAAGAGAGCUUGAGAGGAUUUAUUAAGUCAUCAACGGAUGACACUUCUCAAGUUGAAUCUCAAAUUCAAGAAGAUUGGCAGCUGUUGGUGCGAGACAUUUACUCUUUCUAUCCUCUGCUGAUAAAAUACGUCGAUCUACAAAGAAAUCAUUGGCUGAGGAAUAAUAUUGCAGAGGCCGAGGAGUUAUACAACCACGUAGCAGAGAUAUUCAACAUUUGGUCCAAGAGCCAGUACUUCCUCAAAGAAGAACAAAACUUCAUUUCAGCAAACGAGAUCGACAAUAUGGUUUUGAUUAUGCCUACCGCGACUAGAAGAGUAACCACCAUAGUCGAUGGCACACCUCAAGGUGGUGGGAAGAAAAAGAAGAAGCAUCGUGAUAAGAAACGUGAUAAAGACAAGGAGGUGCAGGCGUCGUUGAUGGUGGCUUGUCUGAAGAGACUGCUACCAGUUGGACUUAACCUAUUCGCAGGGAGAGAGCAAGAGUUAGUGCAACAUUGCAAGGAUAGGUUCCUUAAAAAAAUGUCCGAGCAAGAUGUAGCUGAAUUUGCGAAGACUCAACUUACUUUGCCGGAUAAAAUUGAUCCGGCAGAUGAAAUGUCCUGGCAGCACUAUCUCUACAGCAAGUUGGGAUCAAAGAGCAAAACUACAAUCACAGUAGAAACAGCUGAGAAUAAGGCAAAAAUUAUUGACGACACCGUCGAAAGAAUCGUCGCCAUGAGCAAAGUACUUUUUGGACUGCAUAUGGCGACCAAGCCAGCUCCUCGCUCAAGUAGCUGGACACGUGUUCUCUGCGCCGCUCGAAAACGUGCCGCUGUCGCUUGCUUGAGAUCCAUACAUCUGUAUAAAAUCAGCCGACAUAGAGCUUGCAACAUCUUCGCGAGAACCUACUACGAGUUGUGGUUGGAAGAGGAAAACAUUGGACAAGAAGUCAUGAUUGAAGAUUUGACGCAAUCGUUUGAGGACGCAGAAUUGAAGAAAAGUGAUGUUGUAGAAGAAGAAGGAAAACCAGACCCCUUAACGCAACUAGUUACGACUUUCUGUAGAGGCGCCAUGACAGAAAGAUCCGGAGCGCUACAGGAGGACCCACUGUACAUGUCAUAUGCUCACAUCAUUGCUAAGUCAUGUGGUGAAGAGGAAGAAGAAGGAGGCGAGGAAGAGGAGGGAGCGGGAGGAGAACCGGAGGCGGGAGGAGGGGGGGAGGAAGAAGGAAAGGCCAGCAUACAUGAACAAGAAAUGGAAAAACAAAAGUUGUUGUUCCAUCAAGCUCGUCUCGCAAACCGUGGCGUCGCUGAGAUGGUAUUGCUACAUAUAUCUGCCUCCAAAGGACUCCCCAGCGAAAUGGUUAUGAAGACGCUCCAACUUGGAAUAUCCAUUUUGAGAGGCGGAAACAUUGAUAUACAAAUGGGAAUGCUGAAUCAUUUGAAGGACAAAAAAGACGUGGGUUUCUUCACUUCGAUAGCAGGACUUAUGAACUCUUGUUCCGUUCUUGACUUGGACGCUUUUGAAAGAAAUACGAAGGCUGAAGGUCUGGGUGUGGGCUUAGAAGGCGCUGCUGGUGAAAAGAAUAUGCACGAUGCUGAAUUCACAUGCGCUCUCUUUAGAUUCAUACAACUGACUUGUGAAGGACACAACUUAGAAUGGCAGAAUUAUCUUCGUACUCAAGCCGGUAAUACGACCACUGUGAACGUUGUCAUCUGUACGGUUGAUUAUCUACUGAGGCUCCAAGAAUCCAUCAUGGACUUCUACUGGCACUAUUCGAGCAAGGAAUUAAUCGACCCUGCGGGAAAGGCAAACUUCUUCAAAGCGAUCGAAGUGGCAUCUCAAGUAUUCAACACACUCACUGAGGUCAUACAGGGACCGUGUACUCAAAAUCAACAGGCUUUAGCUCACUCCAGGUUAUGGGAUGCUGUUGGUGGUUUUCUUUUCCUGUUCUCUCACAUGCAGGACAAACUGUCCAAGCAUUCGUCUCAAGUGGACCUGUUGAAGGAACUCCUCAAUUUGCAGAAAGACAUGAUCACUAUGAUGCUGUCUAUGUUGGAAGGAAACGUCGUUAAUGGUACAAUCGGAAAACAAAUGGUAGACACACUAGUGGAGUCCGCAUCUAACGUGGAAUUGAUCUUGAAGUAUUUUGAUAUGUUCUUGAAGUUGAAGGAUCUUACGUCCAGUGCCAGUUUCAAAGAAAUAGACACCAAUAACGAUGGUUGGGUUCUACCCAAAGACUUCAAGGAAAAGAUGGAACAACAAAAAAGUUAUACGCCUGAAGAAAUAGAAUUCCUUUUAGCUUGCUGUGAAAUAAAUCAUGACGGAAAAUUGGACUACGUCGGUUUUUGUGAUCGCUUCCACGAACCUGCCAAAGAGAUUGGAUUUAACCUCGCUGUGUUACUGACGAACUUAUCAGAACAUAUGCCAAAUGAACCGAGGUUAGCUCGUUUCCUUGAAACAGCUGGUUCAGUACUCAAUUACUUUGAACCGUUUUUGGGUCGUAUUGAAAUCAUGGGUGGUUCAAAAAGGAUUGAACGGGUGUACUUUGAAAUAAAGGAGUCUAAUAUUGAACAAUGGGAGAAACCGCAGAUUAAGGAAUCCAAGCGAGCGUUCUUCUACAGCAUUGUAACGGAAGGUGGUGAUAAAGAAAAACUUGAGGCUUUCGUUAACUUCUGUGAAGACGCGAUCUUUGAAAUGACGCACGCAUCAGGCCUCAUGGCUGCCUCCGAGGAAUCUGCCGGCGGGCCCAAGAACAGGGAAGCCUACCACGUUUAUAUGGGGGAUGAUGAAGAAGAAAGAGCCGGCAAGGAUCCAUUCCGUCGCGGCUUCCAAUCAGUUAAAGACGGAAUCUCCACAGCAUUCUCAUCUUUAUCACCAUCCAACAUAAAGAACAAAAUCGCUGAUCUACAACAGAUGCCGCCAUCCGAACUCUUCAUUGGAUUCUUCAAACUGUUCUUCUACCUUUUCUAUUAUCUAGGAUAUAGUGUUGUUAUCGUCUUAAGGUAUAUAUGUGGAGUAUUGCUGGGAUUGAUGCGUGGACCUCAAACUGAAACGCCUCCUGAAAUAGUUGAGGAAGAGAAACCGGGUCCACUUCGACAUUUGCCUGCACUUCCAGCAGCAGAUGACACAGGACAAAUGCAGGUCUCGGCUUUCGGACUGGAUAUAACCAAAGAGGAUAAUGGGCAGAUUCAAGUGAAACCUCAUGAAUCUCCUACCGCAUCUACUCCAUCAUCGGGCGAAGAGGCUGAAGUAUCACCGGAUGAAAGUCUCGAUCACACAGAAGAAACACAACCACCGUCGCUUAUUGAUUUACUGGGAGGAGAACAAGCCAAAAAACAAGCACAAGAACGUCUGGAAGCCCAAGCUGUACAACAAGCUGCCAUGUCUGCUAUAGAAGCUGAGAGCAAAAAGGCGGUGCAAGGUCCAGCUCCUUCAGCUCUCUCUCAAGUGGACCUCUCACAGUACACUAAGCGAGCGGUAUCAUUCCUUGCGAGGAACUUUUACAACUUAAAAUAUGUGGCAUUGGUGCUUGCAUUUUGUAUCAACUUCGUGCUGCUAUUCUACAAGGUGUCGACUCUUGAAGUUGAGAAGGGCGAGGGUUCAGGAAUGGGAGACAUCAUCAGUGGAUCUGGUUCAGGACAAGGUUCGGGUAGUGGAGACGGUGGUAGCGGUGAAGAAGAUGAUGAUGGUCUUGAAGUGGUGUUGAUAGAUGAAGACUUCUUCUAUAUGGAGCACGUCAUCAACGUAGCCGCUAUGUUGCACUCUAUUGUAUCAUUGGCUAUACUCAUAGGAUAUUAUCACCUUAAGGUUCCACUGGCCAUAUUUAAGAGGGAGAAAGAAAUUGCACGAAAAUUAGAAUUCGAUGGUCUCUACAUUGCGGAACAACCCGAAGACGAUGAUUUGAAGAGUCACUGGGACAAACUUGUUAUAUCAGCGAAGUCAUUCCCAGUCAACUAUUGGGAUAAGUUUGUUAAAAAGAAAGUACGAGUGAAAUAUUCUGAGACAUACGAUUUUGAUUCUAUAUCGAACAUGUUGGGAAUGGAAAAGACUUCUUUCUCCGCUCAAGAGGACGAAGGGAACAAAGGAUUUGUUCAUUAUGUUCUGAACAUCGACUGGCGCUAUCAAGUGUGGAAGGCUGGUGUCACGAUAACUGAUAACUCAUUUUUAUACUCUCUAUGGUACUUCUCUUUCUCUGUGAUGGGUAACUUCAACAAUUUCUUCUUCGCCGCUCAUCUGCUCGAUGUGGCUGUUGGUUUUAAGACUCUGAGGACUAUUCUGCAAUCUGUCACUCAUAAUGGAAAACAAUUGGUGCUGACCGUUAUGUUACUGACAAUCAUAGUUUACAUCUACACCGUCAUAGCGUUCAACUUCUUCAGGAAGUUCUACGUCCAGGAAGAAGACGAUGAAGUUAAUAGGAACUGUCAUGAUAUGCUGACGUGCUUCGUAUUCAACUUGUAUAAAGGUGUCCGAGCUGGUGGUGGUAUCGGUGAUGAGUUGGAGCCUCCUGAUGGUGAUGACUCCGAGGUCUACCGCAUCAUCUUCGACAUCUCAUUCUUCUUCUUCGUCAUUGUCAUCCUGCUCGCUAUCUUGCAGGGUUUGAUUAUCGACGCAUUCGGUGAGCUCCGUGACCAGCUCGAGUCCGUCAAGGAGGACAUGGAGUCGAACUGCUUCAUAUGCGGCAUUAAUAAAGAUUACUUUGAUAAGGUGCCACACGGUUUCGACACCCACGUCCAACGCGAGCACAACCUCGCUAACUACAUGUUCUUCCUCAUGCAUCUCAUCAAUAAACCGGACACAGAAUAUACAGGUCAAGAGACAUUUGUAUGGAACAUGUAUACACAGAGAUGUUGGGACUUCUUCCCGGUGGGAGAUUGUUUCAGAAAACAAUACGAAGAUGCAAUGGGAGAGUAG